CAUUCAUAAUCUGUGUUUUUCUUGCUUGCGUCAUCUUAAAUCUUUUUGCUAUCAUUUUCUCUAACAACAGAACACCAUUUAAAUUUUUCCUAUAUUUUUAAAAGUGCAAGUUAAACAAAACCAUUCAUUUGCACUUCUGCAUUUUAUGACAGAAAACGUUGCCAUCCAAUCUGUUUGACGCAUUUCAACUUUGACCUUCAAAUUAUUUUGAAGUCUAUUCCAAUUACCUCAAGCAUUAGGAAGAAAAUAAUUUUGCAAAAAAAAAAUUGCAUUUUAUAUUGACUUAGUAAGCAUAUUCCAUUCUAAGUUUAAGGUGGUAAAGAGUUAGGUAAUACAAAAAAUAAUAAUUACUGAGUACUGUACUGGUAAAAAUGAUUCCUAAAUUAAUUAUCAAACUUCUGUGAACUUGUGAUGUGAACUAUCUCCCACCUAUUUUAUAAAGGGACAUAAAUUAGAAAGGUCAUAACCUUGAAAGGAAAUAUGGCUACAUAUUUAUUAAAUUCAGCAUUAGUACGUGUCAGUUGCAUGUCUGGCAGGCGCAGAGAGAUAGUGAAAGAUAGCAAGAAAGUCAAAAGCAUCAAAAGAAGUAAUGUCAAAGACAAAAAGUUUUGACGGCGAUGACGAGUUUGAGUUACGAGUUGAUCCAGUAAAGGAUAAAACAGCCCUCAUCAAAGACAACUGUAAUGGAUACGGUUCAUUUAACAAUCCCAUUAGCGAGAAUCGUAUGCCAUUUAAGAAAAAAGAAAAAGUAUGUCUUUGUCAGGUAGCGAAAUGCUGUGGUUGCCAUACCAACCCAAAAACUGAUGAAAAAGUGGUAUGUAGUGAUUGUUGUACUCACAAAAUAACUGAACAAGAUACAGAUGCAUACGGUUCUAUCACCUUUGUUGGGUUUGAAAGAACUACGCAAGCGCGGUACGUCAGAUUAUCAAAUUCCACUGAUCCUGCAGAAGUAACCAAAUUCAUGAUGUCACAAUGGCAAUUCGGAGAGAAAUCUCAGCUCCUCAUAUCCAUUAUUGGCUCUGCAAAGGCAUACAGUGCAAAAUCUGACUUUGAAAAGAAAUUUAAGAAAGGUUUGAGAAAGGUAUCGAGAAUGACAAAUGCAUUGGUGUUCACUGGUGGUACUAACUUUGGAAUAAUGAAGGUUGUUGGAAAUGCACUGAGAGACGUGUCACAGCUAGACAGCACAUCAUCUGUUUACGCACAGUCGAGAGCUGUGAGAUGUAUAGGAAUUUUGCCUUGGGGAGUUGUACCGAAAUCAGCUGAACUGGUAAAACCAUAUGAAGAAAAUAAAGUGAAGUUCAAUAUCAAACUACCGAAGCAAAGAUUUCUUGAUCAAAAUCAUACUCAUUUCCUUAUGGUCGAUGAUGGGUCUAAGAAUAAAUUUUACGCUGAGAUUGACUUUAAACAUGCGCUAGAGAAGUACAUCAUUGACAAUGGAGUGCCUGGGAAAGCAGGUAUAGCAUCUUUUUAUUUAAAACUGGAAUAA